CCCUCCCGUUACACCCGGGGGAAGGUGUUCCCGAGACCGCUCCCAUCCUCACCCCGCCUCCCCGCCUCCCCGGCUCCAGCCUCCGCCGGCGGAGCUCCACUAUGCCAGACAGUUUCGACACUUUGCAAAGACAAAGACCAGAGAAAGGAGGAAGAGGAGGACGAGGAGGAAGAAGAGGUGGGAGAGGAGGACGGAGCGAUGUGAGCUGGGAAGGGGGCGAGUGUUCGGGACACCCCCCCCUUUAUUCUCCCCGGAGCCCCUCAUCCCCAAAGCCGCGGAAACUCCAGCGUGUCUCCAGCUGCGCUGGGGACCAUUUUCAGAAUCAAACUUUCUGACCUGGAAAUGCCAAUAGAAGUAAUAAUCAUCGCCAGGAGCUGUGGUGAGCAAACACUUUGAGCUUUGUGGCCAGGACAGUUUCCUCUGUGGACCUGAGAUGGACAGUCCCCCAGCCUCCUGAGUAUGGAAGGCGCGUCCGCUCUGUGCGCCAUGCUGGCAACACGAGAGAGAGCUGGUGUAGGUGGCUCUGGGGCACUCUGAGCUUCCCGGUGACCCUGAAACCACAGCAAAACACACCCGUUCCCCGUUGCCUGGGAGCAUGCUGUACCCAACGGGAGAUGGGCAGAAGAAGGAUGAACUAGGGGUUGGCCAGUCCUGUGGAUCAUUCUUGAAUCCUUGAGAUUCCCGUAGAUGAAGAAACGGAGUCUCAGAGAGGUUAAGGAAUUCCCCCGAGGUCGCACAGCGGAUAACAGGCAAGCCUCAGUGCCUCCACCCGGCAUGCUGCUUAACGGCCACAUCUCUGGAGACAGCAUGGGAAAGACCCGGUUCUAAUUAAGCAUCGUCACCCAUCACCCUUUCCGGAGGACAGUGGCAAAGACAUCGUGCCUCUGUCCCACACUGUGACCCUUCUUCCGAGGUCCCCACCCCCGAGAGUCCCUGCACUGUCACCGAGAUUAAUUACCCCUCAACCCCUUUGGAUGGGAAAGGAAGUCAUUUUAUUAAGUUUGAUUCAGGCUUCAAGAGACAUCGUUGGCUGUUUCAGGACUGCUGACAAAGCAGCCUACUUAUUUCCUGAAAAGACAAAUUAUAUGCAAGAAGGGCCAACACCCCCAGAGGGGUCCUCUUAGCCUCCGACUGUCACGGGGUGAUGCCCCGCACACAGGCGUGGCCGUCGCCCGGCGGGAGUGAAGUCGGCCCUAGCAGGCCUGGAAGCCCCCCUGGGAAUCCCUGCCUCGCCUUGUGACCGCGCCUCCGUCUCUGGGAUUUUUCUCCCAAAUCCCCUCUGGCCCAGGCGUGACUUCCUCCAGCCCAGCCAGCCCCGGAAGGUGCCCAUCCGGACGGCAGAAAUGGUGACCAUGCGAAAGCGGACUCUGAAAGUGCUCACCCUCCUUGUGCUCUUCAUCUUCCUCACCUCCUUCUUCCUGAACUACUCCCACACCAUGGUGACCACCACCUGGUUUCCCAGGCAGAUGGUCGUCGAGCUCUCGGAGAACUUCAAAAAGUUCAUUAAAUACACGCACAGGCCUUGCACCUGCGCCCGCUGCAUCAGCCAGCAGAGGGUGUCGGCCUGGUUCGACGAGAGGUUCAACCGGUCCAUGCAGCCACUGCUGACCAUGCAGAACGCGUUCUUGGAGAAGGACACAUACAGGUGGUGGCUGAGGCUCCAGCGGGAGAAGCAACCCAGUAACCUGAACGAUACCAUCAGGGAGCUGUUCCAGGUGGUGCCCGGGAAGGUGGACCCCCUGCUGGGGAAGAGGUCGGUGGGCUGCCGGCGCUGUGCCGUGGUGGGCAACUCCGGCAACCUGAGGGAGUCCUGGUACGGGCCUCAAAUCGACAGACAUGACUUCGUGCUGAGGAUGAACAAGGCCCCCACGGCGGGCUUUGAGAUGGACGUCGGGAGCAAGACCACGCACCAUCUGGUGUACCCCGAGAGCUUCAGGGAGCUGGCGGAGAACGUCAGCAUGGUCCUGGUCCCCUUCAAGACCACCGACCUGGAGUGGGUGGUCAGUGCCACCACCACGGGCACCAUCUCUCACACCUACGUCCCUGUCCCCGCAAAGAUCAAAGUGAAAAAGAAUAAGAUCCUCAUCUACCACCCGGCCUUCAUCAAGUACGUCUUCGACAGCUGGCUGCAGGGCCACGGGCGGUACCCAUCCACAGGCAUCCUUUCCAUCAUCUUCUCGCUACACAUCUGCGAUGAGGUGGACUUGUAUGGCUUCGGGGCAGACAGUAAGGGGAACUGGCAUCACUAUUGGGAGAACAACCCAUCGGCGGGGGCUUUUCGCAAGACCGGAGUGCACGAUGGAGACUUUGAGUCCAACGUGACGGCCACCUUGGCGUCCAUCAAUAAAAUCCGGAUAUUUAAGGGGAGAUGACGCUGCCCAGGAGCCCCGGAGCCCGCCUCUCCGUGGCUAGCCCCAGCCUCUCCCUGGAGCCGUUCUGACCCGGGAACUUUGAGGGCCGGUCUCGGGGGUGUGUUCAGGUGCCCCUCGUGGCCUCUGGCAUGCCAGCAUUUGGCAGCAUCUACUCAGCAGGGCCCACAAGCCCUGCCGGCUCUGCAGAGCGAGUGUCAGAACUGGCCUUGGAUGGGGAGACCCCCCCUCAGUGCUGUCCUGCAGCUGGGGGAAGGUGGGGAGAUGCGGGGGAGAUCCAGUCUCCGAACGCUCGAGUCAUUUUGGCUUCUGGGGAGGGGGCAGAUACUGAAGACUCAGUGUUCCCAAGUGAAGAACAGUUUCCCAGGGAGGAUGGGCAGAGACCUUCCUCUUCCCCGGGGGUCUGGGGCUGCUGACUCCCAGACUCUGACUCUUGCUGGGAUCUUUCUGAGUGAGGAGGACUUGGGGACAGAGCCCCGUUGGACCACGUGGGCACUGGGGCGAGAUGGCGCCUUUCUUUGCGCGCUGCCUGGCCCCUCCCUCACUUGGCGUGACAGCCCCCCGCCCCCCGCCCCGCUGUCUUCCCAAAGCUCAUUUCUAGUGGCCAGGAGAGGCUCCCCAGCCCGAAGGUCUUCAUAGACACUUGGCAAAGAGCUUCGGACUCCAGCAGAUGUCUUCCUCCCAAGCUGAUGUCUCCUUGAGUCAUCGAUCUUGGCGAUCAUUACGGCUGAGAGCAGAUCUGACUACUUCCACGUGCCUUUGUGUUGGGGGGAGAAAUGUGUGCAUUGGCUGAAAUAAGGCAAAAGCCUUGACUCGGGAAUGGGGGGACCCCUGGCAUCAUGCCCCUUGCUCUAGAGCUGGGGACAUCUUUUCCAGUUUCCUGAGGCAGUGCCUGAGCUGGGACAAAGCUGGGAUGACACUCAACGCCGUCCAGAGGCGCGUCGGCCGGGGAACGUCACUCUCAUGUUCGCAGACUGUUGGAUUCGGUGCCCACGGCCUUCCAGGGCCAUACCCAGAACCUCCACCAGCCAGCACUUCCUCCAGGAGCCCACGCUCUGGGCCAAGUCCCUACUGGCCACCGGCACAGCGUCCUGGGGGCUGCAGGGCCGUCCCAGGAACGUGACCUUCAGAGCGGGAGAAGACACACCUCACCCUCUCACUCCCUGGCUGCUCUGGUUCGUCCUCAUCAGCCUACCUGAUUAUUUAUUGAUUGAUUGUUCUGUUUUGUUUUGUUUUGUUGGUAAUUCAACUGACAUUGCGUGCACUUUGUGGCUCUGUGGCCGGUCCUGAUUUUUAAUUAAGCUUGCUCUUUCUUCACCUGGCGGCUGGGGUGUGGGGAGCUUAAAUCAAGCUCAGACUUGGGGUGGGGGGCAUCUAGGGCUUGGGGGCUCGCCGCUGGGCGGAUCCCGGGGUUUCAGGUUGGUGGGUUCGUGGAGUGCUCUGUACCUCCUUCCCUUCAGCUCCACCUUCUUUCUCCCAUCAUUGUGGACUGGGUUCAGUCUCAGGCUACGAAUCUCCAGAACACAGCGGGACUGCCUUGGGGCCAGGUGGGGAGUGGGGUCACACACGUAGGAGGACAGUGAUGGUUGGCUCCAGUUACUGACAUUGAACCAGAGAAACCACUUUUCCUGUCCAGAGCAUUUCCUAACGGGCCACUGCUACUUUGAGGACGUGUGACAGUGUCCUGGUGGAGUGGGAAGCAGGCCAGUGUUGGGAGCCACGGGUCGUGUCCUCCGAGCUCCUUGCUGCACUGUGGCAAGCUCUGUUCUCUCGGCUCCAGCCUCUCCCUCUACAAACAGGGAGGGAGGCAUUUGGGGAGCUCAGGGGCCCCAGGUGGUUUCAGGCGGUUCACAGGUGUCCCCAGAAAUAAUAUGCCACGCUUGUGUUUUUUCCCCAAGCCUAUGCAUAGGAGCAUUUUCCUGGGGAGAGGUUCCGUAACUUUUACUGGAUUCUCAGAGAUGUAGAAUCCAGACAGCGGUUUACAAAAAACAAAGUAACAACAAGCCAACAAACAAAAACCUGUUCCAGCUUUAAAAACCUCCAAAACGUAAGGCUCCCUUGACCGAUAAAGGCUCAUACAUCCCUAUGAGGUCAUCGUUCUGAUCAUAAAUCCCCAAAGAGCAGGCAUCUGUUGGUUGGCUGAUUCAUCCCUUGAGAAGAGUGCCCACUGAGACAGGGAGCAGAGUGGAAACCUGAGCUCCUCCUCGAGUCCUGGUCACUGAGUCCAUUCAGAGAUGACACGUUCAGAGCGCGCCAUCUGCGUCUGGGCUUGGUGCAGUCAGAACAGGUCCCCAGAGCGAGCAGACCGAGGAGCGGUCUGCGCUGUGUGCCGGCUGCCUGGUCCCUCCUUCCCUCCCUCCCACUAGGCCCUUCAAGCUGUUGAGAGGCCUUCCCAUUUCACAGAGGAGAAAAGCAAGGCCCAGAGAAGGAAUGUGACUUGCAAAAGUGAGCCAGUUGUGACAGAGAGGGCAAGUCAAACAUUUUGAGCAAAAAGAGAACACCACUGGCUCUAUGUUAAAGGCAUCUUGUGUGGCCCUUCCCAGCUGGGUUCCAUCCAGCAUCUUCGAGAACUGUGACCUGGUAGAGGUUUCUGGCAGCUCUGCGUCUCACCACUGGGCUCCUCCCCCGGCGGUUGGUGGUGGCCCUGGGAAGCUCUGGUGUCUGCCUUUUCCUGCCAUCCCUCCCAUGGGGGAGACAACCUGGCUCUUCCCACCACCCCAGCAGACAUCUCUUUGUGUUCACUGGCUUAGCCAAGGGGUCUUAACCAAAGAGCGCCAAUCCCCGUGGGGGUGACUGAAUGCACAAUGGACUUAAGCCAGUUGGCGUCCAUACCUUGGGCGAGGAUGGCUGAGAAUCAGACAAGAGUAUUUCCCACAGGACAUUUGGUGUGCUUUGGGCAGGAUAACGAGACCCCCCACCCACCCCCAGAGGAGGCUCUCGAGCGUCCACCCCAUUGUUGGGCUCCCAGUCCAGGGCUCUGCCUGCUCCUUGGAGACCAGUCCUGGGCCCCAGGCAGAGAGCAGAGGCGUCCCUGCCUGCAGCCAGUGCUGAGCCCGAAGCCAGAAAGACCGGGGCCGAGGAGGGAGAGAGAUCUCAGGACCCUCCCCAACCCCUGUGGAGCCAGGAGACCGAUUUUUCUCGAGCUGGAGUCACCUCUGCAAAUCAGCACCUGGUUCCACAUGCCCUCAAGCACCUGACAGGGCAGAGAGUGGGGCGGGUUUGUAGCUUCUGGCUUCCAGAACCAUCUGGCAGGAAAGGAAGUUCUUAAAGUGAUGCUUUUAAGGGCAUGUGCUUAGUGGGAGAAGCCAGAUUCAAGAAAAUAGGACUGAAAACGGGAAAGUCAGACAAGAAGGUGGGGAGGGCGAUUCUUGCAAGUUCUGGAGGCCAGAAGGACUGGGCCUCUGGGUCCAGGGUGGAGUGGAAUCGCAGAGAAUAUCGAGAACCGUAAUGUUUGCUUUAACAAUUCUCUUCAAGGCAGCCUGAGCACAAAGAAAAAAUGGAAAACAGAAAAGAGCUCACUGUCCCUCGCGUGGGUAUGACCAAAAACACUUUCUCCAGGGGAGUGCAAGUCCAAAGGUGGCUGGCCACGGACCACGUGCCAUCAGGGACCAGCUGCUGCUUCGCCCCUCCGGAGAGCUCGGGGUCAUCAUUGUGUCCAUGAUGGACAUCUGGUUGGAAGCAAAUGUGCCCACAGGCCACUGGCUGGUUAUCUUCCCCUGAGGUCCUGGCUGACGGGUCGAGAGAGAGAGAGAGAGAGAGAGAGUCCCCUUUCCUCUCGGCCCUCGCGUUGAACGUGUUGAACUUGACCUCACUGCCCGGCUUCUCGCAAAGGACGGUACUGCCGUGUGUGCCCAGCUGCGGUUGGCUCUGAGCCGGUCGCCAGGCUGACCCCGGGGCCCAUGACGGGAGGGGCCAUCCCAGCGGACGGACGCGGCUGCCCACAGGUGCCUGCACCUCACCGGAUGCACGUCAAAGCCAAAGUUUCUCGAGCACUUUUUGUUCUUUGCAAUCAUGUUUGGUUCGUUGUUGGUGUUUUAAAAUUUGCUUUCUUUUCCCUCUUACCUCGCUCCCGUGUUUGUGUGGUAGCAGAGCGCUAAUCUGGAUGCAUUUUGAAUGAAGUUAGCAGGAGUCUGCCUUCCCCGGCCUCGGCUCUGUUUUAUUUAUUGUGGAGUAUUUCCAGUGAUCCAAAUCAAAGUGAAUUAAAACAAAGCUAUUUUAUCGUU